GCAAUAGUUAUUAACCCUAAACCAUGUGGGCACUCUAAUGUCCUCAGCUUCUUAGUCAUGGCUGUUCCUCACUUACUCUCAUUUGCUCUCUUCUCUAUAACCAUUAUUAUGAUCCAUCCAUCUCAUUCUUCCGCAGAUACUGAUAUUCCUAAGAUUUCAGCUAUGGAAAAACCACUGAAAGUUAAUUUGUCUCUGUAUUAUGAAUCUCUAUGUCCUUAUUGCAGGAACUUUAUCAUUAAUCAACUUGUGAAGAUAUUCAACUCAGACCUUAUCUCCAUUGUCAAUGUCAGAAUGGUUCCAUGGGGAAAUGCUCAAGUUGCAGAAUCCAACAAGAUCAUCAUUUGCCAGCAUGGUGAAGAUGAAUGCUAUCUGAAUACCAUACAUGCCUGUGCCAUUAACAUCUGGCCUGAUCUGAGAGAGCAUUUCAACUUUAUUUACUGUGUUGAAAAUCAAGGCCUUCACAUCCAGGACAAUCAGCACUCUCAGGAUGCAGAGGCAGCCUGGAAAGCCUGCUCUGCAUGGUUGGGGUUGGAUCAGAAACUCAUAGAGGACUGCUACAACGGUGGAUACGGAAAAAAGCUUUCACUGCAGUAUGCAAGUGAAACUAGUAAUCUCAAUCCACAACAUUCUUACGUACCCUGGGUGACCGUCAAUAAGCAGCCACUAUAUGAUGACUAUCCAAAUUUUAUAGCCCAUAUCUGUAAUGCUUACAGCGGCAAAAGUGUAGUGGAGGCUUGCACAUCGAAUUCAUCCAUUCCAGCUGAUAAGGAAAAUUCCAUCCAUCCUGUCUGCUAUGCUAGUUAAGCAUGACAUGUUGUUUAAGCAGUACAAGGAGUUCCUAGUUAAGCGCAAACUUCAUAAAUCUGGAGGAUGAAAAUAGCUCCCCCAGCAUGAUGUUAUUGUCCAGAUUAAUAGACCAUUAAUAUUAUC